AUGCCGCAUCUAAGGGUGCUUAUUGUGGGAGCAUCCAUUGCUGGCCCGACGGCGGCUUACUGGCUAUCCAAAGCCGGUGCUGAGAUCACCAUAAUCGAACGUUUCCUGGAACUUCGCACGAAUGGACAAAACGUUGAUAUACGUACAGUUGGUGUGACAGUCAUGAGAAAAAUGGCUGGGAUGGAAAAAGCUGUCAGAGCCAAGGCUGUCCCUAUGGAUGGAAUCAGCUUUGUGGAUACCCAUGGUCGAUCCUAUGGGAUCAUCAAGCCAACCGGAGACCCAGAUCAACAAUCGCUUGUAUCGGAAUAUGAGAUCUUUCGUGGUGACCUGUCACAGAUACUUUUCAAUUUGACCAGAGACGACAAAAACAUCAAGUACGUUUUUGGUGAGCAAGUGGCUUCAAUGAGACAAAUGUCAGAUCGUGGACCCAUUGCUGUGGAAUUUGCCAAUGGGUACCCAUGUUCUGAAUUUGACUUGGUUGUUGCGUGCGAUGGGGCAACCUCACGAACUCGGGCAAUGGGUCUAGAAUGCGGUGCUCAGGACCACGUCGUACCGUUAAACUCGUGGGCAGCAUUCUUUUCCAUCCAGAAAGACUUACUCAAACAAUACAAUAUUGGAGAAGCCUACAGUGCGCCUGGUGGUAGAUUUAUAGCCAUUGGAUCCGAUCCAUCGGGCAUCAGUCGCGUUGUUCUCAUGGGCAUUCACAAACGCAGCGAACAGGAUUCCACCCAUAUGUUUCGCGAGGCCCUGAAGCAGGGUGAAUCUGCGCUGAAAGGUUUUAUAAAAAAACAUUUUCAAGGUGGUGGCUGGAAAUGUGACGAAGUCCUAGAAGACAUCAUGGAUUCCCAAGACUUUUACGCGAACGAAAUGGUGCAAAUUCGAGUGCCUUCUCUUUAUAAUGGGCGCUUUGUUUUGGUAGGUGAUUCAGGCUAUGCUCCGGGUCCAACUGGUACUGGAACCAGCCUCGCGAUGGCUGGUGCCUACUUAUUGGCUGGCGAGAUUCACAAGCACAGGUGUGACGUCGAAGCUGGCCUGAAAGGUUAUCAGGAGCGCAUGCAGCCUAUCGUCGAUGAUUUACAAAGGAUUCCACCUCUUGUGCCAACCGUUCUUGCGCCACAGACAACCGCUGGAAUAUGGCUUCGAAAUAUGAUAUUCACAUUCAUUUGCUGGAGUGGGAUUAUGGAAUUUUCCCAGAGAUUCUUUGCGGGAUCAUUUGCAAGAAAUGAGGUCAAUAGGCUCCCAGACUACGAUUGGACAGAGUAG